AUGCUCAAGGCAGCCGGCCCUGUUGUCACACUUAUCACGAGCUGGUCCUGGAAGGUUGCAAAACCCUCAAUUGGAGCCUUCAUCAACAUUCUUGUCAUAACCCUGAGCGUUGCAAUGGCCGUGUCGGGGGAGAUCAGAUUCUCAUGGUUGGGUUUCGCUUUCCAGUUCGCGAGUCUCGUCUUCGACGCCAAUCGCCUCGUGAUGGUCCAGAUUCUUCUGUCCGACAGUGGCCAGAGGAUGGACCCGCUGGUCAGUCUUUACUAUUUUGCGCCGGCGAGUGCUGUUAUGACCUCGCUGGUGGCAUGGCAGACUGAAUAUGAUUCUUUUCAGUGGAGUUCAAUCGCGCAGGCUGGGUGGACAGUUCUGACACUGAGUGCUGUGAUGGGCUUCAUGCUCAAUGUCUCAAUCUUUCUAUUGAUCGGCAAAACUUCCGGCUUAGCGAUGACGCUGAUCAGCAUUCCCAAGAAUAUUUUACUCAUUGGGAUCUCGGUCCUUCUCUGGCAUAGCCCCAUCAGUGCCCUGCAGAUCUUGGGGUACAGCAUCGCUCUGUGGAGCCUCAUCUUUUACUCUAUCGGCUGGAACACUGUCAAAGCUCAUAUUGCUGCUCUGAGGGUCUGGAGCUGGAAGAGCGAGGAAAAUAAGGUCUUGUUGGCUGAUAGGGUUUGA